AUAACAGUGACAACACCGAGCUGUUUCGGAGAGUAUGGGCUGGUUAUGGCUGCAUUCUGUCUGCAGAGAUCCCUCACAUUAAACAGCACCAGGAUGGCCGGGAUAAGCCUGGGAAUAUAAGCGGACCCCCUAGAGAAGCGGCUGAUGCAGGCAGGACACUCCACAGAUCAAGGAUUACAAGGAACCUUCGUCUAAAUGGGUCCAGUGAUGCCUCCAAGUAAGAAGCCGGAGGGGACGGGAAUCAGCGUUUCCAGCCAGUGUUUCCGGAGUAGCACAUUAUCGAAUUCGCUUCAGGAUGACGACGACUUAGACUUCCCUCCCCCGCCUGUAAAGACGAAUAAGGAGAAAGGCAGCAUGGAGGACGAGGAGCUAACAAAUUUGAACUGGCUCCACGAGAGCAAAAACUUGCUGAAAAGUUUUGGGGACUCUGUGUUACGGAGUGUCAGUCCCGUUCAGGACAUUGACGAUGACACUCCACCCUCCCCCGCCCAGUCAGACAUGCCCUACGAUGCCAAGCAGAACCCCAACUGUAAGCCCCCCUACUCCUUCAGCUGUCUCAUAUUUAUGGCUAUCGAGGAUUCUCCCACCAAGAGACUUCCUGUGAAGGAUAUUUACAAUUGGAUUCUGGAACACUUCCCUUACUUUGCCAAUGCCCCCACGGGCUGGAAGAACUCAGUGCGACACAACCUGUCCUUAAAUAAAUGCUUCAAGAAAGUGGAUAAGGACAGAAGUCAGAGCAUUGGUAAAGGAUCCUUGUGGUGUAUAGACCCCGAAUACCGGCAGAACUUGAUACAAGCCUUGAAAAAGACGCCCUACCACCCAUACUCCCAUGUUUUCAACACACCCCCCACCUCUCCUCAGGCCUAUCAAAGCACAUCAGUCCCUCCUCUGUGGCCCGGAAGCAACUUCUUCAAGAAAAAUGGAGCUUUGCUUCAAGAUCCCGACAUCGCCGCUGCCAGCGCCAUGAUGCUAUUGAAUUCUCCACAUGAUUUACACGCAGGUUUUUCUCCUGGAGUGAUACAAAAUGGAGCCCGCGUCCUCAGCAGAGGGAUCUUCCAGGGCGUCAGACCUUUACCAAUCAACCCUAUUGGAAGUAUGGCUGCUGCUGUAAGGAAUGGGAUCGGAAACUGCCGCAUGAGGACAGAGAGCGAGCCAUCGUGUGACUCCCCGGUAGUCAGCAGUGACCCCAAAGAGGACCACAAUUACAGCAGCGCCAAAUCUGCCAUCAAAAGAAGCUCAUCCCCUGCCAGCGACUCAGUCUCGUCCUCCUCCGCCGACGACCAUUAUGAGUUCGCCGCCAAAGUCUGCCGGGACGGCUGUGACAUCAGCUUCCAGAGCCACGAGAGCUUCAGCGAGACAGAGGAAGAUGACAAAAAACAGAUAAAGAAAGAGCCCAAGGAUUAUCUCGGGGACAGCGGCUACUCCUCCCAACACAAGAAAAAGCAGCACCUGCUGAAAGUGCGACGGAUCCCCAGCGACGCCCUGCCCCUGAAAAAGAGACGCACAGAAAAACCGCCCGAGAGCGACGACGAGGAGAUGAAAGAGGCGGCCGGCUCUCUCUUACACUUGGCGGGAAUCCGGUCUUGUUUGAAUAACAUCACCAAUCGGACGGCCAAAGGGCAGAAAGACAAGGAAACGACGAAAAACUAGAGGAAAAUCCGAUUUUGGUGAACUUUGGACCGUUUCCUUACGCACGUCAGGAAUUUUAACAAUUUUGUGGCAAUAUCAACCAUAUUUUUCUUUUUCCCUUAUUCUUAAUUUUAUUUUUGGGGGUGGGGUGGGUUCCCUUAUAGUGUUUUAUUUUUUAAAGGAUAUUGAAGCCAUAGAACUCAGCCAACUUAUAAACACUUUUCAUUUACCGAAAAGGAAUAAAAAAUGUCAAAUACCAAAAUUUUACAGUCACAGUCGCCAAACAAGCAGGCGGUGACAAAACAAAAAAAUUACAACCCCCAAGAUGGAAAUUGGUGCACCGACCCUCUGGGGGGCUUAGGACGCAGGGUGCUGUUCCCGGAUCCCGCAGCCUUCCUUUUUAUCUUCCUCCGGCGGUGCCCACGGUUCUACAGCAGAUUCGGUAACAACGUCGCCGCUGCCGCCAAGCCUUCUGUGCCAUAGAUCUGACCCGUAACCUUCUCCCUUUUUUUUUUUUUUUUUUCGUCGUCCCCCACCUGGAUGCAAAGAAAAGAAGGAAAAAAAAUCAUGGAGUCCUACAGUGUUGCCAAUUGCUAUUGUAUUCAAAUUAUCACAACGUAAUCCUUUCCGGAUUAACCCGUUUACUCCCGGACCGAAUGCUGCCAAUCGGUGACAAAGCUAAGGAAACCGCAUACAGACGACUGCCAGAACGACGCGGAUCACAAACAACCCCCCCCCCCCCCCCC